AUGUCAGAAUCUAAAAUUCGAAAAAGGAAUAAACCAACAGUUGUUUGCAGUAAUUGUAAAAGGAAGAAAAUCAAAUGUGAUAGAAAAACGCCUUGUACAUCAUGUGUCAGACUUAACCUUGGAUACUCAUGUUUGUAUGAAGUUAGUGGAAAGAAAAGUUCUAGUAAUUUGGAAUCACAAGCAUUAAAAACCAAAGAAUUGGAAACAAUGAAAAAUAGGAUUAAAGAGUUGGAGGAACUUCUCAAAAUCAGCCAGUCAGUCCCAUCAAGUUCCAAAAAGAAAAGUAUUAAACCAGAAGUUAGGGAUCCAAUACUACCACCGAAAGACUCAAAUUGGCCCAAUCCCUUAAACGAUGAUGAUGAAGUUUUAAAUUUUUAUACUGGUUACACAGCAUUACAUAUUAAAGGAAACAUACGACGUAUUAAUUUUGGACCUUUAUCAUGGUUUGCAUUAUUGAAAAGAGACCCUGCUUUAAGUCUUGUAUGGAAGUUUUUUAUAAGCAAAGGUUAUUUUAAUUUCAUGACUGUUGGGAAUCAACCUUUAACAGCUGAAAAUUUUAGAUUAUUGAAUUCAUCUGUUCCUGCUGAAGGUAUUUCAAUAAACAUGGAUAAAUUUUUUAGAAGAAAAUUAUUAGAACUUGAAGGAUUUGAUGAAAUAGCUCCUUAUAAAUCUUUAGAAAAAUAUGAAUUAAAAUUAAAUGGGUCUACAAAUGGAAUGAUGCCAAUUAAUGAAUCGAAAAUGACAUUUACUCAAAUAAGUCUUGCAAAGACAAUAUUUGAUGGAAGAGUUAACCCAGAAUUACAAUUAAUUGAAAAAAUUAAAAAGAUUUUACCUGCAAAGAAAGUAUUUUGGAUGUUGAUUGAUUUAUUUUUUCAAAAAGUAUACCCUUUUUUCCCUUUCAUAGACGAAGAAAGAUUUAAGAAAGAUAUUCAAAAAAUAGUUGGGACAAUUAAUUAUGAAUAUCAACCUUUUGUUGAUGUUAAAAUUAGUAAGAAAUUGGAUUUAGCAAGUAUAGCUAUAUGUUUCAUUAUUUUAAGAAUGACAUAUUUAUCACUUUAUUCAAAUAGAGAUUGUAUUAAUCACGAUAUAAUGUCAUCAGUUGAAGAUUCAGAUACUAAAUUUUUAUUUUUGAAUCCAAUAAAUGCAUCUUGUAUUGAUGUUGCAAAUUCAUGUAUUCAAUGUUUUCAAUUUACAAGAAAAUCAAAUUUAACCGUUUUUCAAGCAAUUUUAUUUAUGAGAAUUUAUAGAAAUAAUGCUCCUGAAGAAGAAGAUUAUAUAAGUGGAGGUGAUUCACAAACUGCAACUGCGUUGCUAGUACAAAUGGCUUAUUCAUUAGGAUUAAAUCGAGAACCAACGAAUCUUGACCUUCCAAAGGAUGAAAAAACAAAUCAUUUAGGACGUAAGAUAUGGGCUUAUCUACUUCGUCAAGAUAUAUUACAUUGUGCUUCAAUUGGAAAUCCAACUUCAAUACAUUCACAACAUUUUGAUGCUAAAAGACCAUACAUGACUGAACAAAAUAGUAACAUAAAAGAUCUUGAAUUGGAAAGAGCAGCAGUUGAGACUUUUACAUAUUUAGAUUCAGAACUACAUUUAUUACGUAGACUAAUAGGAUAUUCAUUAGAUAUGAAAGAUGGUGUGAAAAUGAAAACAAUUACUAAAGAUUUACAUGAAUUUGAACUGAUUUUGGAUGCAAGAUUUAAUGUUAUGAAUAAUUCUGAUUUGAAAGAAGAAAUAACCAUGUCAAAACAUAAUAGACCGGAAAUAGGUAGAUUCACAUAUUUGGUGAAAUUUAAGAUUUUUUUUGCUAUGAAAACUGCGAUAACUUCAUUUUAUAUACAUAUUUAUUUGCAUUAUGAGAAGUUGAUGGAUACAGAAUUAACAUUUUAUUACCUACUCAAAAUUCUUUUAAUCGUCACCAAUGACAUCAUGCCAUACUUAGGUGAUGCAAUAACUGGGUAUUUAAGUUCUGUUGGAUUCACUUUAAAUCACAAUCUUCAAUUGUCAAUGCAUAAAUGUAAUGAAUUUAUCAUGUCAUGUUUGGUUAGAAUCAAUUUUCGGAUUCAUUCAUUUACAACAAAUCCUGAACAUAAAAUAAAGCUUACAAAUGAUGAAAAUUAUAGAACUUACUUUGAGAAAUUAAAUAGUAUUGGACAAAAUUUAACCCAUGCUGAAAGCCUAAUACGAAAAUUAAUGCAAAGGAUGAGCUCCAGAUAUUAUUCAGCUUGGAGAGCUUAUAAAGCUCAUUCAGAAUUACUAAGAACUAUUGCAGACCCAGAAUUUGUGGCAAAAUCAAGUAGUGGUAUGAAAAGAAUAAAAUGUUUUCAAUUUACCCCUGAUCAAUUGGAUGAGUUUGAUUUGAUUGUUUCGAAAUUAAAACAUUUUGUAGCAAAUAUAGUACAUUAUACUGAUUCAAAAGAUAAACCUACUCCUGAUUUUUCAAUAAUUACAGAUUUGAAUGAUAUUAAAGAGUAUACAAGUGAAGAUCCACAAAAUGAAUGGAAAGUUGAAACUAUGCCUAAUGAGAAUCAAGUAACAACAACCAACAAUUUCAAUCAAAUUGAAAAUACAAAACCCAGUAGUGACAUAAUAGAUCAAAUGUGGUUACUGUUAGUAGCAAUGAAAAACGAUAUGAGUAAUAACAUGGAAAAUUCAAAUUUUCAGAAUAUGUUUGGUGAAUCUGAGUGUCUUGUUCAAGAACCAGUAUGUACCAAAACUAGCGAACAAAACAUUACACCAGUCAAUAGAGAAGAUCAAGUUCUGCCUACAUUGGAUCCUCUUCCUACUGAAAUGUAUGCUAAUCCAUAUUUUGAUCUAGCUGGUUUUUGUCAAUUUUAA